AUCCCCUAUCCCACCCCUGUACGUCAUUGCAUCCUUAGAAGUAAGCUUUCUAGUUAGCGGGAGGAUUCUAAGCGCCGCAACAUCUCACGUCUGGUCUUUAACGACAGGCGCUGUUCAAGUCCCUGAUGUAAUUCCUUAUCGUCGCCUUGUUCUUGCGUUCUCUUACUCUCUCUUUUUCCCCUUUACCUUGCACUUCUAUCAACUUGCAGUAGAUGCUCGCGCUCGGAUCAAAUCUAGAAAGCCUUCGUUAUCCCAACCCAUAUCAGCUAUGUCUUCUAGCCCGCACAUCGUCGCAGAAAUACAUCUACCGACAACUCUUUCAUUUACAUCUGAGUCUGAACCCGAACUCAAGUUAACACUCACAUUGGUGGGCUCCCAGAAUCCAGUGAUCAUCUCCAAGGAAAAUUAUAAUGUGUUUACACCGACCAACGCCUUUACAAUCACCGAAGUACCUAGCGGCCAAGCAAUCAACACAGUUUUCGUCGACAUAUGCAAACGGGUUGGACCGCCUCCGCGGCUUGACUCAGAGCACCUCGACAAGUUCUUAACUCUAGAUCCAGACAUCCCAUAUGAGGUCUUCAAAAUUAGUUUUCGGCCACUCGGUCAAGAAAGAAUAAGCACUCAAAGAACAGCAGCGCCAACAGAUCCUAGCGACACGUACCAGAAAUACAAAUUUCUAAGCCCGGGCAUGCACUGGCUAGAGCCUGGAAAGCAGUAUCUAAUCCGCGCGUGCCAAAAUGCCAGGAUUACUCCGUGGCGUUGGGGGAGGAUAGAAGAGCUAAUGCCCUGCGACUGGUACGCAUCGGAUGGGGAGGCGCUGGAAAUACUUUCAGCUGAAGGCGUCGAAGUCGAAGUAGUGGAAUAAGACCACAAGACCCCGCCCCCGCCUUUAGUGCCUAGCAACAGGGUCGCAAAUUGAAGCUGCAUCGCAGUCUACGAGCUUGGCAAUUGUAAAAUAUAGAAACG